AUGCGCAGGGAGGCAUUGGCAGCUAAGGAUGCCGCGGAGGCAGUCCUCGAGCUCGGCAUGGUGGACGACGUGGUGCGUGCUUUCUCCGAGCACAUCGGCCGCAGCAGUGUGGAUUACACCAAGUUUCAGAAUCUGCAGCGCGUCUGCUGCCAGACGAAUCUGGAGGCGCAGGGCAUACACGACGUGCGCUGGCUCUCCCGUGGCGAGGCGAUCCAGCGGUUCCUUGACGUUCUGCCUGCAGCCAUCGUCGUGCUGAAGGAUUACAAGAAAGACUUGUACGAGGUAGUCACCUCGUUCAAGUUCCACUGGCUCAUCCGCUUCCUCGCGGAUGUGCUUCGGGAGCUCAACCAACUCAAUCUCCGCUUUCAGCAACGUCAGGUGGACGUCACCCUCGUGGCGCACCUUGUACAACAGACGCGGAUGCGCCUGAAGAUGCGCUACUUCGACAGGUCCCCUGGUCACUCCUUUGGCAGCGGAGAGAAGAUGCAGCUGCCUGACUUCAUCAAGGCUCACCAGAAGCUGGAUAAGCGUGAAAUGAAAGCGGAAGGCGUGGACGCGGAUGGCAACGCCGUCUCCUUCGAAUUCACCCUGCACGAACGCCCCCUGCCAGGCCAUGAGACUGAGGGUGAUGUAACCGCGUGCUUUGAGCUUUCGCUCAAGUUCAUCCGCAAAGUGGACGAGGAGCUGGAGUGGCGCAUGCGCGACCUCAACCUCCUGGAAGGCGCCAAGCUGUUUCGGACGGCGUCGUAUGUGUCCGAUGACACCAAGCGGCUGGAGUCCUUCAGGAAGUGGCUUGGCCAGCUCCACAAGCUGUACAACCACAAGCUGCCUGGUAAGCGUGAUUGUCUGAUGUGUCGGGUAUUUGAGAUUGACUUGCCGGCAACAACUUAG